AGGCGGGGAAAGGUCCGAGCGGCCGGUUCCGUCCAAUGGGAGCGAGGGUCGGGCGGAGCGCGGCCAAUGGGAGCGGCGGAGGGGCGGGCUUCGCUCCGAAGCGCGGCGAGGAGGCCAUGGCGGCGACGGGCGGGCGGCGGUGCCGGCGGCUGGAAGGCGAGACGGCCCGGGCCGUGCUGGCCAACGCCGACACGCUGCUGUUCGACUGCGACGGCGUGCUGUGGCGCGGCGAGGCGGCGCUGAGCGGCGCGCCGGCGGCCCUGGGCCGUUUGGCGGCGGCGGGCAAGCGGCUGUGCUACGUGACCAACAACAGCAGCCGCACGCGGGUCGCUUACACUGAGAAGCUGCGGCGCCUCGGCUUCCCGCCCGCCGAGCCCCGCCACGUUUUCGGCUCGGCCUUCUGCGCCGCCCGCUACCUCCGCCAGGCCCUGCCGCCCGGCGCCGCCGCCUACGUGCUGGGCAGCCCCGCGCUCGCCGCCGAGCUGGAGGCCGCCGGGAUCCCGCACCUCGGGCCCGGCCCCGCCGCCCUGCCCGGCCCCGCGCCCGCAGACUGGGCCCAGGCGCCGCUGGAGCCGGCGGUGCGCGCCGUGCUGGUGGGCUUCGACGAGCACUUCAGCUACGCCAAGCUGUGCCAGGCGCUGCGCUACCUCCUGCGCGGCCCCGACUGCCUCCUCGUCGGCACCAACCGCGACCACCGCCUGCCGCUGGAGGGCGGCUCCGCCAUCCCCGGGACCGGCUGCCUGGUAAAAGCCGUGGAGACAGCAGCAGAGCGCGAGGCUUUCAUCGUCGGGAAGCCCAGCCGUUAUAUAUUUGACUGCGUGGCCAGCGAGUUUGACAUCGACCCCGCACGCACCAUCAUGGUGGGGGAUCGGCUGGACACGGACAUCCUCAUGGGCAACACCUGCGGCCUCACCACCCUGCUGACACUCACCGGGGUCAGCACGCUGGAGGAAGUGAGAGGGCACCAGGAGAGUGACUGCCCUGCCCGGCAGAGCCUGGUGCCUGAUUACUAUGUUGAUAGCAUAGCCGACCUUCUUCCGGCACUCGAGGAUUAAUAGAGCAGAACGCUGGCAGCCCUGGGAGCCGUACCCCAAGGAGGGCCCCAAUUAAUCAUCUCGUGACAGUAACGUACUUGCUAUGAGACCACCUGAAGUUAGCAGCCCUUAGGUUUUUAACCCUUCUGUCCUCUUGGUAUGAUUUUGUUUACAUCUCGGUCUUUUAAAAUGCACUUUGAAACAAAGAGGGCAUUAUGGUGUCACCCAGG